CAAUAUUCGUGUGCAUUACGAGGCUACUUCCGAGGCGAUCGUAGAACCCGCUAGUUCUUUGACCUUUCGUGCCUUCUCUGGCGUUCAGCGCUUUCUUUCAUUGACGAACUGGCGGGCGACACAAUGCGCAAGCGCCAGAGCCCACUUUCUUUUGUCUCGAUAGGCUUUGCGGCACGGCCGUUUGGAACGAUUUGUGAACAGGCCUUGCCUGCUGCGAGGCGCCGCCGAAUCCGUGCACGGCCAAAUGCAUCUGUUCUCUAAAAGACACAUCUCUGGCGUCUUCCAGAGGCCGCUGCUUUUUCGGCAUCGCUUGGGAGCAGGGUUCGGGCCACGCGAGUCCUUCCUCGCGAAGCUAGGAGGCCGUUAGCCGCUGAGCACGUUUUCUUGCCAUUCCGCGUGACCACGAGUGCUGUUGGCGUUUCGAAAGGCAGGUCGGCCGAGUUUGGAGGGCGCAGAGUGCCAGCAGGAUGCCCAAGCGGGCGCGCAUCAAGAACAAUGGCGAAGCGGCGCCGCCUCCGCGAGCCUCUCCGCGGGUGGCCAAGCGUCAGCUGUUGAGCGGGCAGCCGGCUGACGAGAACCACACGAUGGUGCGCAAGUGUGAGAAAGUGAGCUGCCACGAGACCAGGCCCAGCUGCUUUGCCCGCACCUCUAAGAGGUGCUGUGGUGACGGCUACACUUCCCGGUGGUACCAUCUCUCGUCGGGUGAACAUUUCUGCAACGAGUGCUUCGACUACUAUUAUCGCAGCACCAAGCCUGGCUACGUGGAGUACUCGAGUUGGCGGGAGCACUGGUCACACAACGCCCGCUCGGAGGCCUCGCUUCGCCUCUUCAUGGCCGACCAGGUCCUGCCAUUCUGGGCACAAUGCGUGCGCUGUCGCAAGUGGCGUCGCCUACCCAAGGGGGACGACCUCACACCGGAGUUCGUCGACUCGUUCACCUGCAGCGACAUCCCGUCGUAUGACGACAGCACGGAAGACACAAAAACUGACGACUGCUCUGUUCCUGAAGACCCGAAUGCUGCGGCCGCCAUGCAGCCCGAGUGGAUCUGCACGCUGACGCAGCCGCCAUUUCUCAUCGGCUCUCCGGCCCAGCAGUUCCUGGGCGAUUACUUUGCCGACGGGGUUGGAAUGAGUCCCUCCUCCGAGGGCCCCAAGGCCGCUCCUGCAGCUCCCGAGAAGACCACACGGCAACAGAAUGGCACCAGUACCACCACCAACUGCUACCUUGAGCCAGGGCAGCUGGCACAGCUGCUGCAGCCCUUCUACCGCCCCGGGGAACAGGGCAAGGCACUGUGCUUCCACCCGGACAUCAUGGAGACCUACGAGAUGGACGCCUUCCCGGAGUACGCACGAGAACAGGUGAUGUACCUGGGUGUGCGCAACGUGGUGCUUGCACUGUGGGCCCUGCGACCCCAUGCUUGGCUGGACCUGGUGUGGGUGUCGCGACACCUUCUGUGCCGGGGCCUGGCGCGCAUCCGGUGCCUGUUGGAGGCGCACAGGGUGCUCCGGUUCUUCACCGCACGGGGCCUCAUCAACCACGGCGCCCUGCCCUUGCUGCGAAGCUCCCCACCACUGCCUCCGUCUUGCCGACAGAAGCGGGUGCUGGUUGUGGGUGCGGGCCCUGCGGGCCUGUCGGCAGCGCGGCACCUGCACCGGCUUGGCAUGCGGGUGACGUUGCUCGAAGCAUCGGAUCGCAUCGGGGGCCGAGUGCGCGACGACACUUCCUUGGGCGUUUGCGUCGGCAUGGGUGCCCACAUCGUCACGGGUGUCACCAACAGCCCCCUGACAACGCUGUGCCUGCAGACUGGCCAUGGCAUCCGGCUCAUCCGCGACCACUGUGACCUGUACACGACCAAGGGUCACAUCGUGUCGUCUGAGCGUGACCACCGGGUCGAGUUUCACUUCAACGCCAUGCUGGACGCCGUGGCGCAGUGGCGUCUCGGGCAGACCAAGGACAUCUGCCUCUUUGACAAACUCAUGGAGAUGCACCAGAGCUUCUUGGAGGAGACGCAGAUGGUCUUCAGUGACGAAGAGAACAACGUGCUCCAGUUCCACAUUGGAAACCUGGAGUAUGCAUGCGGGGCGCCACUGCGCGAGGUGUCGGCCCUGCAGUGGGACCAGAACGAGCGCUUCCCCCAGUUCAGCGGUCAGCACGCACUCGUCCCGGACGGCUUCGGCCGUCUCCUGCAGGCCCUGGCUGAAGGCCUCGACAUCCGUUACGGGCACAAGGUGACGACAAUUGAGUAUGGUUCUGAGGAAGGGGGCGUGCGGGUCUUUACGGAGCGAUCCGCCGCCCACAACGGCAAGGAGGAGGAGGAGGAGGAAGAGGAGGGAAAGUUCUCGGCCGACUUUGCUCUGGUGACGGUGCCAUUGGCCAUCCUGCAGCAGCAGGAGAUCCAGUUCUUGCCGCCUCUGCCCAAGGGCAAAAUGGCCGCACUCAAGGAUUUAGGCGCAGGCGUCAUCGAAAAGGUGGCCCUCAAGUUCUCUCGGCCCUUCUGGUCCGCUCAAGUUACGUCCGCAGACUUCUUCGGCCACGUGCCAUCGUCGCCCGAGCAGCGCGGUCUCUUCAGCGUCUUCUUUGACCUCAGCCCCCGGACACAGCCCAAGAAGAACCCAUCGUAUGUCCUGAUGACCUACGUGAGCGGCGAUGCCAUUGACCUGAUUGCAAACAAGAAGGAUGACGAGGUGGUGGCCAUGUGCAUGGAUGUGCUGCGGAACAUUUUCCGCGACCAGACAGUGCCUGACCCGAAGGGCUACACCGUGACCCACUGGCGGGACAGCCCCUAUUCACGCAUGGUCUACAGCUACGUGCGCUGUGGGGGCUCGGGCGAGGCGUACACCACUCUGGCCGAACCACUGGCUGAUCGGCUCUUCUUCGCUGGCGAGGGUACGAGUCGGAUGUUCCCACAGACCGUGAGCGGGGCUUACAUGAGUGGUCUGCGGGAAGCCUGGAAUAUCCUUCGCCGCCUGCCACUGGGUCUCGAGCCCGACCUGAUGCUGGACGUCUGAGCUGGCCACCGAGCCUGCUGCCGAGCUGACCACUGGGUCAGCCACCUUUCAAGACGUCUGCGUCUGAGCCGAAGCAGCCUGUUUUGUGUGUCCGUGUGCGGAAACAAUGUGCGGAUUGCCAAGGCAACGGAGUGAACUUCCAAGAGGCUGCAGUGCUUCGUCCCCUUCGUUUGUUGCGUUUGGUUAUUUCAUUUGAGCUACAGUUGCGAGAGCUUACCAAGGAGCCAACCCACUUGCGCGGCUGUUGCGAUGGCGCAUUGACCGGCUGAGUUAUGGUUUUGAGCAAAGAGGUGAGUGAAGAGUACAAGCUGAGGGUUUGAACAGAGACCAAGAGGAAGGGUGGCCAGGUUCUUCCCGAGUGCACCAGUUUUUCAAGUUUCUGCUGUUACUUUUUACUUCCACCAUCAUGCACCUCCAGUUCCAUUUUGUCCCAACAUCUGCUCUCCAUCUGCAUUCCCACAAAAAUGUGAAGGAAAAGACUGCAGCGUGUGCUGCAGGUGGCAAACGAGCCCCGACUGUGAAGACUGUGGCUUCCUACUUAGGGUGCUGUGUGUGUGUGUGUUUCUUCUUUUUUAAAUUAAUGAGAAGGGCCUUAGCAACGGGACAGAACAUGAUGACCUGACCAACCGGCGCUUGUGUGAGUGUUGUGGCUAGCAGGGUAGUCGUCACUGGCUUCUUCGUAGGUCUGGAAUUGAAGGAAAUGCAUCCCGAGGCUCUGCACGUGUGCUGUAGUCCCCAUUCCAAAUGGGCUUCCUUUUCUUUUUUUUUUCUGUUGAACUUUGCAGUGAUGAGAUAGGUCAUGAACUUUUGUUAGCACAUUUGUUCUCGGCUUCUUGUUCACUGAUUGUCCGUACUGCACUUGAUCGUAAACUUAAUUAUGUUACUAACGUGAAUGAUUUCCAUGUGUUAACACUUGAAAGAGCAGCACUUGCAUGGUGAUUUUGGAAAUUCUAUGUCUCAGAAUCGUACGCCGGCUUACCUAAAGGCCUUGUAAGUCACUGGACCCUGUGCUGGCAGGACACUUGAUUACAUUGCCAUUAUGUAUGUCACCAGGUGAGAUUUAAACAGGAAUGAUACAAAUUAUAGUCCAGCUGCAACAAAAUUUUGAAACACGUAAGGAGCCUCGUUUCACGUAGUGCAAAUACAAAGCAGCCUUUGUGCAAAAUUUUAUGUUUGAAAUACGAGCGGAUGCGUCGCAACAAGUUCAUAAAGAGAAAUCUUACGGGUAUUCUUACGGACGUUCUUACGGGUAUUCACUCUGAUAUCUUUGAUUUCAUUCGGAACCAGUGCCUCUAGAAGUGAUGACACGGCUUGCCUGUUGAGGCGUCUCAGGUUGUCUGUAGCGAGAACUGGCGUGAACAGGAUGGUGAGCUCCUCGGUAUUCCGCGAAGAUCUCACGGUGGACUCACUCGAAUUCGAGGAUGCGCUGAGAAACCUUCGUUUUGCUUUACGGCUCCGCACCAGCUCGAAAGCUUCGUCACUAAAAUCUUCACCAUUGAAUCUUUGCUGCCAUUACCGGUUGUCAGAGAUGGUGCACUACCUAGAACACACCAUUUCUCAGCAUGGCCUCCGAGAUUGGGUUCCUCCCAUGGCAUGCUGAAAAAAUCUUGGAGGCCGCAUGCUGGGGACUGGCGUCACGUCCACUAAGUACCUGGUGCAUGCAUCGUCUACUUAGGCACUGUUGAAAGGCUGCUGUUAAGAAAAUUGGAGAUUUACCAGCCUUGCUGCUUUGCCUAGGCUGCUUCAAUAGUUACAUACUACUAAUAACUGCUUUAGCCAAAGUGAAAUUUCGUUGCAGCUGGCGUUUUAAAGGCUGCUAAUUUUGAAGAUGGCAUAGUUACCAACCCUGCACCUUUGGCAUGACUGCUUCUAUAGUAAACUCAUGAGCAAAAGUAUAUUUUGGGCUCGCCGAAAAAGCUGAAUUUGUUCGUAAUUCAGACGCACAAAUGAGAAUUUUUUUUUUUUUUUAAUGCGAGGAUAAAUGCCUCGGGGCAUACAAAUGAGAAUUGACGAGUGCACUGGAAUGUUCCCAAUUCCAAGUUUACACGGCAGCCCUCAAUUUCAAGUUGCAUUAAUCGGCGCAGAACAACAUUGACUCCAUCAUGGAAUCCCUGGUCGCCAUAUUUUUUGCUUAGUGGAGUACAUAUUCCUCAUUUGUAAACAAUUUUGUCACAGUGAAACAAUCAUGCAGUUGGCCUCUGAAGACGCAUCGGUCCACAUAAAUUGCCCUCUGAGCCUUUUAUGAUCUUCGCUGAAUGGAACUGGAACCUGCGCCGAGCGUGGUGUGAAUGAACACUUGUAACGCGACUGCCUGCUAUCCAUAACACUGCCAACAGGCUUCGCCUCUCGUUCGUCUAAUUUCUGGUGAGCAGAGCAUCCACCGGAUCCGGCUCUGCGGCCAUGACAGUGCGCACUUCACACAGGUACACCAAAGUAGCAGCAACGAUGUAUUUCACCAGUGGAGCGUUCGAGAGUCUAUAAAUGAAGGCUGCAGUUUGUUUCUUGCUCUCCCUUCCCUACGCUGCAUGGAACAAAGUGUCCCUUGUUUCCCAUUCUUUCAUUUCUCGUGUCAUCCAUAUUUUUCACAUACCGUUUCUUUUUAUGGUUACCAGAGCUCGCAAAGUGUUACUGGUUCACCUUCAUGGAAUGCCUAAAGCAAGGUUUUGUUCAAAAAGUUCUUUCAUGGCACGCAACUUGUACAUUGCUUUACAUUCCCAUGUUGAUUUAAUUCUGGCACCGUAGCGCUUGCUGUAAACUGUGUGCUUGCUUGUUUUGGUUUGGGAGUUGUUUCUUUAUUAACCAAUGCAGUGCUGUGACGGAUGUUUCUUGUUUUGUAGGAGGAAAUCACUUAUUUCUGUUGGUAUACACGGUGCCAACUUGGUACACGGUUGAGCUGUAGUGUACAGUGACCUGUGAGCACGUUGUUUACCCAUUCUUCCAAGCCUCCUGUAAUUAUACCAGGCUAGCAUAGGCUUCCAUCUUUACAGGCACCUCCAGUCUGCUGUAUCGAAGACACAAAUCCCUAUGACUGUGAUAGGCCAGCACUGAAAGGUGGGAGUGGGGUGCUGUGUGUAAAGUGGGCAUGGCCCGGGGCUCUAUGUAGCGCACUGUCACCGAACUUUACAGAGCCUGUCCGAGUUUGUUGAGCCUCCGUUCUUACAAAUGUGGCUUGGCUCCAACUUUUUUAUUGGCUUUGUUAGGCAUAGCGCAGCACAGCCCCGAGAACUAAAGUAGUCACGUCAUUGCAACAACAUUCUUUGGAUAUUGCAGCACACAAAAAUUGUGUAGGAAACGCCCUUCCGGUCCAGUGCUUUAGUGAGUAGAUGUUGAAAGGCCGUGGUUGUAACAUUAAUUGUAGCUUGUGCUUCUACGAGAGACUCUGUGGAACAGUAGCAACUACUUAGUCAUGGCGUGACGCUGCCCUCUGUUCGGUGGAGUUGAAGCCGAGGUAGUAGAGGCACACCUGUAAACCCUAGCGUGUGUGAACCUAAUGCUGCGGCAGUGAUGGUAUUCGUCUGGAACAAGAGGCCUCGUGCGAUGUUCAGUGGCCACUCAAAUGCUUGCCAUUCAGAAGGAAGGAAUGACCCUGCAGAACGCUAUUAAUCUCUCACCCCUGUUUUCCGUUUUAUGCGGAAUGCAUGUUAUAUAAUAUCCUGUACUUUUUCUAGGUUCUCAUCUGGUGGCUCUCGUUCCCAGAUUAGAGUCUGGAUCGCAUGCAACCCUUUGUGCUUCAUUCACCUGAGCAUGCUGUGUGUGUCGAUCCCCUAUGCAGAUGGUGACCAUUGUGUGCUCUCUCUGCAGUACAAUGAGCCAUGUUUCUGUUGACCUUCACCAGGACUUUGCUUCCUUGGUGUAACGUGGGAAGGCUGCAUCGGGCAAGCUCCGCACUUGCUUCCUUCAAGUUCAGCCCUCAUUUCACAUUUUGUGCUUGUCCCGAUUUGUUCUGUUGAAGAAAAAAAAAACUGUACAAACUGCAAGGAAUACUCCGUCUGUAGAUUAUAUGGGGCCAGCCGGCCGUGUAAAUACAGCCUGCAUGUGAGAAUGUUGCUUGCGUAUUAUAUACAAUUACCAUGAAAUGUAGAACUGCAAAUAUUUGUGGUGAAAGUGCACGUUUGUGUGCACGUGGAAUCUGUAGGGAAAAAACGGAUGUCUGGCUCCUCCUAUUGGUAUUACAGCAGUUUCCUAACAUCUGAUAAGCAAAUGAAACUUGUCAGCCGAAGAGUAUGUGGAGGGCCACCUGAAGCUCACCUAGGCAAAGCAUGUCACCAGAUGGGAAACCAUGGGAACAUUUCCAACGUUUCCCAGGUGAAGCAUGCAAGCUGGUGGGGACCCAUAAAGAAACUUAAAAUGUCUAGGUGAAGUAUGUCAAGUUGAGUGGUGCCCACAGGGCCACAUAGAUUACCUUGGCAACAUGUUAACUGUUGGGAACACUCAAAGCCACUUAGAAUGUUAACUUAGGCACCAUCAAGUACUGUGCGAAAAAUGUUACGUAAAAACAGGGCAGCAUGCAUUGUUUAAUCGGGACAUUCUGCAGGAGACAAAAUUCAGGCUUGUGGUUUCGGAACAUCAAAGAUAGACUUUCAUAAGGAUGUUGCAUUUUUCUAUUCCUUAAUUUUCAACUUACUUUGAAAAGUGUAAUGGUAUUACAAGUGGCAGCUAACAUUUGGAGUUGACUGAAAUGUCAGGCAUACUUGUGGGGAAAAGUGCUGUCCUUAGAGUGGUUGUCCAAAUUGUGAAUGCUUUUGUCCAUUUUUGUUGAAUGUUUCCCUUGUUUCUCGGGUUGAGCCACAUACCCUAGAUAUAUUUGCAAAAGAUGUGUUCACUGAAAAGACCCAAUCAUUGUGUGGGAGGCAAUUGGCACAUUAUUCGUGCAUUAUGUCUCUCCCUGUAUGGCACUACUGUUACCUAAAGCUAGAUCUUGUGCAUCAGAUUCUUAUAUUUUUUGCAAAUUUUCACAUAAUGUGCUUUUGUGUCAUAUCCUGUGUCCAUCUUUACAAAAGAGUAAAAUGUGUGUUGGAUUUGUACACAUUGCAAAAGCAAGAAUCGGGUGAAGUUAUUCUGUCCAUAACACUUGUACAUUGCAUCUUCUGAACACAUUACAUGUUGCUUUGGCCUCUUUUACCUCUAUAUGCUUAGCGGUAAGAGUGCAUUGACUCUGCCAUGUUAAAAAUUGAUCAAAGUUGGGAGUUGCCCUAAUGUAAAACUAGUACCCUGCUAUUUUUGGGUGAAUAUUUGUUUAACGUUUGCUACUGUAAAGUGAAUGCCAUCAGCGUUGACGUCGAUGUAGAGGAAGAACGUGCUCUGUCGGCACCAGAAGGUUUGCUCCCCAGGUGCUGUUUGUAAUUGCGGCAAAUAAUUUCAUUGUUUUUCGUAA